AACAGUCAGUGGUGGGUUUGGUGUUUUGGAGAAUGCAGUACAACUUGUAGGUUGUCUCUGACCCCAUUGUGGACCAGAGACAGCUGCAGCACCCGUCCCAGCCUUGGAGUCGUGACAGACAGCCUUUCCAAGGUUGGCCAGCUCGCGUUCCUGGCCUGGCUUCCCUAUCGGGUAACCACCACCACCCUGACCGAAACACACAGCAACAGCAACAACAAGAACAAAACAACAACAGCGACAACAAUAACAUUGAAUCCAGUGAGAACCAUCGGCAUGAAGAGGAAACCCCCUGGCUCCCCAGUCGGUGGUGGGGGUCCUUGCAAGAAAGUGAGGCCGUCGGUUCGCGCUGUGGACCAAUCUGCCCAUGCCACAACGCCUGGCGUCGACCAUCCUGUUCUGCGACGUCUCUAUCCCCAACUCCUCACCCUGCGCCACUAUCUGCUGUCACAACUUCCCACCUCGUCAAAGAGCAGGCGUCGGAGGAUCUCCCAACUCGGACAAGCAACCCCAGCUCAAGAUGCAUCCUCGACGCAUCCUGCCGAUGUCCAACUUGGACAGCUGCUCGACUCAGCCCUGGUUGGCGCUUUCUCCAAAACAAGCACAGGGUGCGAAGAGCAAGCUGCCAAAGAACGCGACCAGGAUGUUGACCUCUUCACCCAGCAACGGUCACAGGGCACUGCCGGCGGCACCUUCAAGCCUGGGUACUUUCUGCAAUCCGAGAUUGUCGAUUUUGUCAUCUGGCGCCUGUUCAGACGAUUGACAUCUCACAAACCUUCGCACUUGCUCUGCCAUGGCUUCCAGCGAUCUGCUAACACGCCUCGCACACCCGCCAUGCAUGCUGACACGGCUUCAAAUAUCCCUGGACUGCUCGCCUGCCAUGCUAACAGCAGUGUACACGCACUGAAGAGACCGCUAUGGUGCCGACUACAUGCACUGCUCGGCCAAGGCGGGGAUCGCAUCAUGAUGGAAAUGCUGCUGGAGUGCUCCAUCUUCCUCCCAGUUGAAACAGGUUCUGGAAACUACUACCAGUUGAGCGGUGUUCCCGUGUCCGAGUGGAAAGCUGAGCGAGCUUCCAAGCCCAUCUGAUUUGCGAGAAUAGGACACCCGGCGCCAUCACCUUCGUCCGGAGUCGCAUGCUAUAUGCAAAGGCGGCCCUCAACGCCAAGGGCGGAGUAAGGUUUGGCAUGCGUCACAUCCACGUCCUAAAUCGCUUUCCAAAACGAGAUGAUAAGCAACAGACAGUAGACAUUAUGCGCUACAUAUUUCCUCGACAAUUCGGCCUGCACAAUGUGUUUACCUCGAAGAUUGACCCCCGUGAGACUGCCAUGCCGUUCAAGGACUAUACGUUGCGGGAAAA